CGUCAGCUAAAUCUUCUCUCUCUAAUAAGCUUCCCCAAAACCCUAGAAUUUCAGAAUUGCCAAAUUCCAAUUAAAUUCGAACGAUCAAUACGCUAGAUUCACGCGCAAUCGCCUCUCUCCUCACUCACCCUUAUCCAUAUCCACCAAUUUAGUCUAAGCGCUGUUGAAAUCAUCCGAAUUUAGCUCAGAUCUGUCCUUAUUCCCCCAAAUUGUUUUUUUUAUUGACAAUUCUUAUUCAACCCAAAGUUCCCCGAUUAAUUCAUUCCUCUUCUACCUAUUUGGAAUGGGAAGGUUUAAUCUGGAGAUAUCGAAACCGUCGGAGCCGGCUUUGACCACGUCAACGUCGAGAUCGGAAACCGUUAACGGAUCCCACGAGUUCAUGAUCGCGGGCUACUCGCUGUCUAAGGGAAUUGGGAUUGGGAAGUACGUAGCGUCGGAUACGUUUAUGGUUGGCGGAUACGAUUGGGCGAUUUAUUUCUACCCCGAUGGGAAGAGCGCGGAGGAUAAUUCCACCUACGUCUCGCUUUUCAUCGCUUUGGCGAGUGAGGGAACCAAUGUUAGGGCGCUUUUUGAGCUUACUCUGCUCGAUCAGAGUGGGAGAGAGAGGCACAAGGUGCAUAGCCAUUUUAGCAGGGCGUUGGAGAGCGGGCCUUACACACUUAAAUAUCGAGGCAGCAUGUGGGGUUAUAAGCGCUUUUUCAAAAGAAAUGCUCUGGAAACUUCUGACUAUCUAAAAGAUGAUCGUCUUCAAAUUCGUUGUUGUGUUGGUGUUGUCAAGUCUCGCACAGAGGGACCUAAGAUCUACUGUAUCCCGUUACCCCCAUCAGACAUUGGUCAGCAAUUCGGGAAGCUGCUUAAAAGUGGAAAAGGAACUGAUGUAAAUUUUGAAGUCGAUGGCGAAACCUUUUCCGCUCACAAAUUGGUACUCGCAGGCCGGUCUCCGGUCUUCAGGGCUCAAUUAUAUGGUCCAAUGAAAGAUCUGAGCACACGAUGUAUAAAAGUUGAGGACAUGAAGGCACCAGUUUUUAAGGCGUUGCUUCAUUUUAUGUACUGGGACUCACUACCUGAUAUGGAAGAGCUUACUGGAAUGAACCCAAAAUGGGCUUCAACCUUGAUGUCUCAGCACCUACUUGCUGCUGCUGAUCGGUAUGGUUUAGAUAGGCUCAGGUUGCUCUGCGAGGCUAAACUCUGUGAGGAUGUAGCUAUCAAUACUGUUGCAACAACACUGGCACUGGCAGAACAGCACCAUUGUUUCCAGCUAAAAGCUGUCUGUCUCAAAUUUGUGGCAUUGCCUGAAAAUCUCAGAGCUGUAAUGCAGACAGAUGGGUUUGAGUACCUGAAAGAAAGCUGUCCUAAUGUUCUAACUGAUUUAUUGGAAUAUGUUGCGAGGAUCAACGAACACUCAAUAGCCACGGGCAAGCAAAAAACUGAAGAUAUCCUGGACGGAAGUGAUGCCAAUGGCAGACGCGUUAAGCAAAGACUAACAUAAGUUGCAAUUACCAGGUAGGUUCAAAUAGCUCAGAUGAGAGAGAAAUUGGCAUAGGUUUUUCAUUAGGGUUAAUUAGCAUCAGUUUCAUGCUGCGGCAUAUCUGUAUCUAGUUUGAUGCAAGCUGUAAAUGUUGUUAUGAUUUCAUAUCUUCUCCCUUCGUGUGAUCUAUAAAGGGUGGUUUUAGAGUCUUAUAUAUCUGUUUGUAAUUUGUGCGUUGUUCCAAUUAAUUAUGAAGGUGGGACAUUAACUAACUGUGUUUGUAAUUAGCAGCAGGACUGUGCCAACUUUUGAUUGUUUGUAAUUAGCAGCAAGACUAUGCCAACUUUUGAUUGUAAUUUGUCUUUGUUGA